CACCGGGAGUUUCUGACCCCACGGUUGUUAUCGUGCAAACCAGUAGUAUAAGAUGUGCUGCGUGUGACUAAAUAGUUACUGGUUGUUAAGGAAACGCCAGUGCAUGCGUGAUAAGAUAGAUGUCUCUUCAUUCCCUAUCAUUUAACUCUCUCCGUGAGAGACCUCUGAUAGCAGGGAAUCCACCCUGUGAAAGUACUGGCAAAGACGUUCAGCUCUAUUUGAAUGGUCAUAUGGCAGGUCUUUGUCCACGGAUGCAAAAGUUAGAACCUCCUUAAAAUGGGAGUGAAAGAGUUAAUCCAUUUUCUCCUCUUCAUUUUCAGGCGGAACAAGCACGACAGCGAGAGGAAGAGCACGCAAGGGAAGAAAACUUGGCUGCCCUUCUCCAGACUGCUCAACAGACUCUUAUUCCUAAUCCGGAAGAGUUUGACUGUGGUAUUUGCUUUGUUCCCGUGGAGCCUGGAGAAGGAGUGGUACUCAGAGAAUGUCUUCAUAGAUUCUGCAGGUCAGCGUUCACAGCUAAAUACUGGCUGUCAUUGAACACCAAAUAGGGAAACAUCAGAUUUUUCGUGAUACCUUUAUUUGCCAGGCUGUAUCUAUUAGUGAUCGGACCCUCAGCCACUUUGUCGGACGUCAUCACUGUGCUAUCCUGCAGUGUUUCCUUCUUGCUUGCUUGAAAAGGGCUGCCCGUCUCCAGGCCCUUACCUGACUUUCUUCCUUACCUUCGAAGAAAAUGAUGCACUGAGGUGCCCUGAAAAAUACGAGAAAUAGAAGGAUGCAAGUAUGCUGGAAUUAAAAUUGCCCGACUUUUGGCGACGUUAUUCGUCAUUUGCACAUCGCCCACAAUGCAUUUUUUAGCCCCCCUUCCCCCCCCCCAAAAAAAAAGAAAGAAAGAAGUAUUGUGUUCAAUUUCUCUUGGGUAGACUGUAACAUUCAGGAAAGAUUAAAAUAAAAAGUUAUGCAAAAAAUUUUUUUUGGGUGGGGGGGGGGACUGGGGGGGCAAACAAGGUGUAUUAUGGAGAUGUGCAAAUGAUGAAUAUGACAUAUACCUAUGUCAAAAAAUGUUGCUUUGGUAAUGGGUCAUUGGGCAUAAGGCAUUGGGCAUUUGGGAAUGCGGAUCUCACUGCAAUGAUUUGUUUCAGCGACCACCAAACAACAGCUUCUCAGUGCGCAAUGCAGUGAAUCAUCUACAUUUCUCCUUCUUUUCUUUAGGGCUUGUCUAAGUGAACACAUUCGUCACGCAACAGAUCCGGAAGUGCAGUGUCCUCACCAGGAUGAAAAUUACGCCUGUCACGCAACUAUUACAGGACAAGAAAUUCAGGCGGUAAGUGGGUUGCUAAAUGGUGGAGAGCAACAGGGAGCCCGGAAAGCGAGACGUGGGAGCCGGAAGAAAAGGCGGCAUAGAUGAAAGGGAGCAUAUUCAAACUUUCACAAACAGGAAAGCCACUGCUGUUCUGUUUAGUGCAACUCGAGUAGUGGCGGUUUAUUGACCAUUGCAAACCUUGUUUAGUCUCUAAACGAGCUAUUAUGUAAAUUUUGAAACAGUCUUCACAUUGUUUUGUCUACACGCUAAGCCCUAUUCGCUACUUUGCAAACGAAAAGGGAACUGGGUCGAGUUAACGUUCUCAAAGACUUCUGGGGCUGUUAAAAAAAUAGCCAAUAGCUGUCCGGUGCGUCCACAGUGACUAUCCCAGAAACAAUUGCUGGAUGCAUUUUGGUUCCAGUUCUCUUCUCGUUUCUUAAGUGGCAAAUACUUCCUUACGCUUAAAUUUCAUUUGCCCCUUGCACAUCUCCCACAAUGCACCUUAUUUGCCCCCCCACACCCCCCACCACCCCCAAAUUUUGCAUAAGCAUUGUUUUCUCUUGGACGGCUGUAAUACCCAGGAGACAUGAAAAACAAAGGUUAUGCAAAAUUUUGGGCGGCAAAUAAGGUGCAUUAUGGGAGAUGUGCAAGUGGCGAAUGAAAUUUUUCCCACUGUGAUGAGCUCUAACUAAAACGAAAUCUUCCAAAAAUUUUAACUUCUUCCAAACUUUUUUUCCAGCUUCUAUCCGAGGAAGAUUUCAACAGGUUCUUGAACCGCAGUCUCGCUACGGCAGAAAGCCAAGCCGCUAACAGCUUUCACUGCAAAACUCCGAACUGUCAAGGGUGGUGUUUGUAUGAGGAUAAUGUCAAUACGUUCCACUGUCCCGUUUGCAAUCAACCGAACUGUUUGACGUGCAAAGCCAUUCACCUUAACAUGAACUGCAAGGAAUAUCAAGAUGACCUCAAACGAAGGGCACAGAAUGACGAGGCCGCGAGAAAGACGCAAGAGUUUCUUGAGGUAAAUAUUUAGGGUACCAUGACCUUCUUAACGAGUAUAAGAAAUUAAUCAUUUGAAGGAAGAUCAUCGCAGUUAUAUACGCAACGUAUGCAGUUGCGAAAAGAAAGCCUGAAGAAAAUUCAGGCUUGUACGGGAUUCGAACCCUUGACCUCUGCGAUACCGGUGCAGCGCUCUACCAGUUAGGCUAACAAGCCAACUCAUGGCAGCAGGUCGUUGAAUUGGUUAGUUAUAAACCAGUGAAAGGAUGAUCAUGAAAUUGUGAAUAUAUGAAAAUCAUAUAUGUGAAUAUAACAGCGAUGAUAUGUGCGUAUAUAACUGCGGUGAUGUAUGAUAUAUAUAUGAUUUUCAUGUAUUCAUAAUUUCAUAAGAAAGUAAAUAAGCAAGUGAAAUAAAUCCUCUAUUACCCUCCCUCUCUUUCUCAACGAGGGUAGUUUCUUGAUGUUGCGAAUAGCGCUAUUAGCAAAUAGAAACAAACGAAGAAAGAAAAUAAAAAGAACUGAACAAUACUCAAACCACAAUGCAACAUGCGUUUCCGAAAUACCGACGUAAUGCUCUACAAAGUAAUAACUGACAAUCAUAAGAACUUUGAUUAUAAAAAAAAGAGCAAGUGCCUGCUUUCCACUAAGAAAUACCUAACGUUUUCCAGCGUCUCAGAAAAGUGGGCGCAGAAAAAGAGAGAGCGCUAAAGACGACGCUUCGUUUUUGGCACACAGGAGAGCGCGAGACUCGAAAGACACGCGAGUGUCUGUUGACGAAGUGCAGUGGACCAUGGCCCGUUUUUUCCUUCCCGCCUUCUUUUGCGCGAAAAUUUUCAUCGAGACAGGGCCAAGCAGGGCCUGGAACAAGCUAAGAUUUCGAAAUACUCCAUGCACCCAAGUCUCUUUUGUCUAAGAAGCUCCUUUUCCCAAUCCCCAUCUCGCGCAAAUAAAAUAAAGUGUUAUUUGCAAUUUCUCUGCCCGUCUUACUCUUACAUGGUGGGAUUAUUGAUAUGCAACAAAUUAUCUCACGUUGAUAUUAUACCUAUACCCUUUCUUCAAAAAAGCACCGCAGUGAUGAUAUCCUUUGUAGCAGUCCAGACAUUAAGCAGGGGCGGAUCAAAUAUGUUGACCUGCGGUUUUCUAAUACAACUGGUAUUCUGCCAAAAAAACUAUGUGGUUUAUUGGUGUUGAAGUAGAGCAAGAGACGAGUGCACCCCCUCCUAAAACAAAUCCUGGAUCCGCCCCUGUUAAGUAAUACAACUAUGUUGACCUUGGAAAAUACCUCUUUAAAAUACCUCUCACCUCUCUCCACCGAGGUGCAUACAGAUAAGAAUGAGUUUGACCCUGUUUUUUUUCUAGAAUAUGGUAGCAGGUGGAGACGCCAUGCACUGUCCAAUGUGUAAGAUUAUUUUAGUCAAAAAGGACGGCUGUGAUUGGAUGAGGUGUAGCAUGUGCAGAACAGAGAUCUGUUGGGCCACUAGGGGUCCAAGAUGGGGACCUGGGGUGAGUAUAUAUGCUUUUGUUAUUGAUGCAUUGGUUUGCGGCCUAUGGUUGACUCCUUGCCGCGUCAAACGCCUGAGAAGGUGCAUGACCUAUUAUUGACCCGAAUGUCUGAGUAGUAUAGGGCGUGUGUUUUAGGCCUUUUUUCAGGGAGUGCCACUAGCAUAGCGGGCAGGAGACUAGGAUGAAAGCAUAGACGUUUGCCUUUGUUUCAUGAAGAAAAUACAGUGAUUUAGCGAGCUGGGAAACAUUUUUGUCGAUGACUUCAAAGUCCUUCGUCUUGGGAAUUUCUGCAUGACAGACUGUGUGGGUGUUCAUUGUGUUGUAUACCAGCACUAUAAGAGGCUCUGACCUCCCUCUGCAAAAAGGCUUAGAAAGUGUCUUGAGAUGCUUCGCGCAACUUCGCUUAAAACCGCAGGGGUCAAGCGACAGUGCCUUAUAAUAGGUCAUUUGCAUGAUGGCGUCAUUUUACUACUAUGACCAGGAUCCUUCAGGGUUUUGCUUUCUUGUGCAAAUUAGGGUUUUUGUUAUUUAAACCUCACUGGGAUUACCAAAUCUUGAAUAUGAAAAGGAAAACGAAAAGAAUUCUGGUCGUAGUAGUAAAAUGACGCCAUCGCGCAAAUCGCCUAUUGGAAGCUUAACUGUCGCCAAUGCUAUCCAGCUGUAAAUUGUAGGAAAUACAAUAUUCCAAAUUCCAUACUCUUUUUAGGUGAAAGCAUCCUCGGAGAAAAUUGGAACAAUGGCAUUCUUGUCACCAUAAACUUUUGCCCAUGAUAAUAGAUGCCAUCGUCCAAACUUGCUGCUGGCUGGUUAUUGGCGGUUGAGGUGGAAGAAAACUACGUCGCCAUUUUGAAUUCAUAUCUUACCUUGAGCUCGUCGCAACCAUGAUGUCUCACAAAUUCAAAAUGGCGGCAUGCAGGCUUUCUUUAUAAUUCUCUUGCGAACUCUUUCUUUCAAAUUUUAUCUCAUUCCUAAGCAUAAAUACGCGUUAUUUAUGAAAAGACAAAGGGGCAAAUUCUCCUGAGACCUUCACAGAGAAAACAGAGCAUACAAGCAACAGAGGUCUUUUAUUUUCCAAAUUUUAUAACGAUAGACAACUGACGAGAUAUAUUGUUUUCUUCCCAUAGGGCAGUGGCGAUAUAACAGGAGGUUGCAGGUGUCGCGUUGGAGGAAAGAAGUGCCAUCCCAGAUGUAGAAACUGUCACUAAUUACACGAUCCUCUAUAGAAUUUUCAAUAAAAUGUUAACGUUACGAUAAGGUAGUUUAGCUUGAGAAAACAGCCGGCAACUCGCGACGCAGGGAAAAUGUUGGUUGCGUCACGAAAGGCCUGCUGUUUUCUCAGCCUUUUUGUAGUUCAGUUUCAAAACCUAAAUAUUUAAGAAAGAACUUUUCAAUCAAGUGCUGACAAUUCCGUUUGAAGCAAUUUCAAAUAUUUUUGAAGAGAGAAGUACAUAUUCACAAAGUAUUUUUUAGGUUUGAUUACCUUUACUUAGAUUCAGGUUAAUCGCCUUUUUUUUCCGAAACUGUACUAAAUACCUAGGGGAGUGUUUUGUGAGUAUGUCGCAACACUGGGUAUCAUAUUUUAUCGACUUUAACUCUAUCUAUUCAGUUUAUGCCAUUCUAGGCUAAUGGUUAUUUCUGGAAAAUUCAAGUCAUUUCAAGUUAUUUCCUUUGUUUUCAUAUAUAUAUAUAUAAUAUAAUUUUGAGAAGUUAUGACGGCUAAUAUUUGCACAAAAGAAUUAUCUUUUCUCAUUUUAAGGGCC